AUGACACUACUCGACGCGUGCAAGGAGUACGUGGUGUUGCGCAGUGCGGACCGGACGCUCUGCGCACUGCUGCUGGGAAGCGCUACGGCCAUCGCGGUGGCAGUGGCGACGUCACCGGGACGCCAAGUCGCCAAGACGCUUCCGACCCGAAAAGAGGUGCGGAUGCUGAUGAAGGCGAAGGAAGAGCGGCGCCGGCGGAGUUUAUCGCAAUGCAACCAGCCGUGCCUUUCCAGUUACCAGCGUUUCCUCUUCCUUCUGCGCAUUGCCGUGCCUUCACUUCGCUCCAAGGAAAGUGGGAUGCUGAUUACGAUAUCCGUCUUGUUGCUGGUGAGGACGUACCUCUCACUAUGCAUUGCUCGGAUGAAUGGUCAUCUUAGCAAGGUGGUUGUUCGCUGUGACCUCGUGGCAAUGGUGAAGUCUCUUGUAGUCUUCUUGCUGUGGUGCAUUCCAACAAUUAUCACGAACAGCUCCCUGAGGUAUUGCAUAGAGAUGCUUUCGCUGCGUGUACAGACCAAUCUGGGCCACUACUUCCAUCGCAAGUACCUCAACAGCAAGGUUUUCUACCACGUUGUGGCCUCACAUGAUGUGGAGGAGAUGGACCAACGUAUCACCAAGGACAUUGAGCAGUGGUCGAUGUGUGUGUCGGGGCUCUACACUUCCCUGUUCAAACCCAUCAUCGAUGUUGCGCUGUUCUCAUAUCAGGUGGCAGCCCUUGGUGGAGUUCGCAGCCCAUUGAUUGUUGUGGCUUACUACACAGGUUUUGCCGCCUUUGCCUACGCGUUGGCGCCCGAUAUGGAGAGAGUUGCUGCCGAACAGUUAAAGCGAGACGGCACUCUCAUUACGGCGCAUCAGCGACUUGUUCCCUACGCGGAAGAGAUCAUCAUGACGCAAGGACAGACGUUUCACCAUCGGCUUAUGGACCGUUAUCUUGGAUCCAUUGUGCGACACGGGCAAUGGGCCUCGUAUGUGCGUGGGUGCUACAGCCUCGUGGAGACGUUCUUCGUGAGGUACGGCUCCAGUGUGCUGGGCUACGCCGUAUGUGGUUCGGCUGUGUUUGCGAAGAGCACCGAGGGUAUGUCAGCGGCGGACCUCACCGCUGUUUUUGUGGAGUCGUCGUACCUCUUCCGCAACCUGGCAGUGGCGGUGGGUGAGGUGUUGAAGAACUUCAAGGCUAUAUUUGUGGUUCGCGCGCUGAGCAACCGAGUGUAUGAGUUGCAGGAAACCAUUGAGCGUGCAAAAGCGGCAUCAGCAGGCAUGGGUUUAGGUGAGGUGGUGCGUGGGGACCACAUUGAGUUCGCAAAUGUCCCAAUUGUCUUGCCGACGAUGGAGGUACUGUGUGUGGGGUUGUCGUUCUACGUGCGACCAGGCAUGAAUCUCCUCAUCGUUGGCCCGAACGGAUGCGGCAAGUCGUCCAUAGUGCGUAUACUCGGUGAAUUGUGGCCACUUCAGGGUGGCCGCAUCACAAAGCCGCGGAAUGAUCAGAUUUACUAUGUCCCGCAGAGGCCAUACAUGUCAAGUGGGACGCUGCGCGAUCAGAUUACAUACCCGCUGAAGAGCAGCGAACUCGAUGUGAGUGAAUCAGUGCUGUUGAACUGCCUUGAAAUGGCAAUGCUAGAUGAUAUAUUCCUUAAGCCAGACAUCACAUGGGAAUCCUCCCUCGCAUGGGCUGGUGACACACUGUCAAUGGGCGAGAAGCAGAAGCUCGCCAUGGCACGACUCUUCUUCCACCAGCCGCGCUUCGCCAUCCUCGACGAGUGCAGCAGCAUGAUGGACAUCGAGGUCGAGAAACGGCUGUACAGCAUAUGUCGCCAACUCGGCAUCUCCCUCAUUACAAUCGCGCAUCGGCAGUCGGUGUGGCGGCACCACAACUGGAUCCUUCACCUGGACGGCUGCGGUGGCUACAUGUUUUCGCCCAUCACAUUUCAGGAGGACAACGGGGUGGUGCUCACGCGAGUUGUGUACGCGUCGGACCUAUCAGUGGUGGGACAAGAGUUGCGCCUCGACUUGUCGCCUUACAAUGAGUGA